AUGAACCGCAAAAGAAGUGUGAUUUGGAACCAUUUUUCAAUCAUAUCAGAUACUAUAGCUAAAUGUAGCUAUUGUAUGCAGACUAUAAAAUACACUGGGGGAUCUACUGGUAAUCUGAUGAGACACUUAAAAACCAAGCAUGUUACUAUACAAUUAACACGAAAUAUAACUAAUAUAGAACCAUCAGUUAAUCAAAUAGAGGCUAGUGUAGAUAAUCCUAAUGAAAUUAUUAGACCUGUAGAUACAAAUUUAAUGCCAUCAACUUCUUCAUCAUUGUGUAAUGCUCCAUCCACUUCUUCCAGACAAGCAAAUUUAUCCAACUACUUAACAAAACCUUUAUCGAUAUCUAAAUCUAAAGCAAUUGACCAGCAACUAACAAAAUUUAUAGUAAAGCAUUACCAUCCAUUUUCUUUGGUUGAAGAAUCCGAAUUCUGCAAUUUAAUUAAAAUGCUUGCUCCAAACUAUGCUAUGCCAUCAAGAAAAACAGUAUCGAAUAAUUUACUUUUACAAGUGUAUAAUGACACUUUUCAAAAAGUUUCAAAAGAUUUGCAGGAUGCUACAUCAGUAGCAUUAACUACCGACGGUUGGACUUCAAUAAAUAACUCGAGUUUCAUAGCUAUAACAGUACAUUUUAUCAACUCAGAAACAAAAUUAUGUUCUCGACUCUUAGGUUGUAUUAAUUUUAAUGAAAAGCAUACAGCUAAUGAACUAUCCAACUUUUUAAAAAAAAUUGCUCAAGAAUGGAAAUUAGAAAACAAGAUAUCCGCUGUCGUAACAGAUAAUGCCUCUAAUAUUAAAGCAGCAAUUCGGUUAACAAAUUGGAGGUAUGUUCCAUGUUUUGCUCAUGUUUUAAAUAUAGGCAUACAAAAUGGACUCUUGCAGUUACAGCCAGUUCUGAAAAAAAUUAAAGAUAUUGUAGAAUAUUUUAAAAGAAGCUCAAGUGCUCUUUUAAAACUUAAUAAUAUACAAAAACAAACAGGAGUGGAAGUUUUAAAGCUUAUACAAGAGUGUAAAACACGUUGGAACUCAGCAUACAAUAUGAUGUCCAGAAUAUUAAAAAUUAAGGAACCAGUUCUCUCCACUUUAGCUAUCAUGAAUAAUGAAUUAAAUUGUAUAACCAAUCAAGAGUGGGAACUAAUUGAUUCAGCAUGCAAGUUACUUGCGGCAUCCAAUGAACACACAGUGACUGAAAUUGCAUCAACAAGUACUUCAGAUAUUUGGAAAAGUUUUGAUGAACAAGUUAGUUCACUUGUAGGUCAAAACAAUUCAUCUGUUGCAAGUGUAGUUGAAAUGGACAAAUACAUGAAUGAAUGUCUUCUCAGUCGUCACAUGGACCCAUUAAAGUGGUGGUCAGAACGGAAACAUAUUUACCCUCGGUUAUAUGAGAUGAUGAAGAGAAGAUUGUGUGUGCCAGCAACUGUGGUUCAGAUCGACAAUCGACAAGCAUUGGUAAUCAAAGAUCCGUAA